UGAUUUAUACCUGGUAUAUAAAAUAGUUUUUCACCUAAACAUUACAGUUUGUCAAACAAAAUCUCACACUCCUGUAGUUUUCUAAUAUUUUCAGCUCAUAAUUGGACUGCAUACAUUGUUUUUCAACAAUACAUUACACUCUGAGUUUCUGUCAACUCUUUCAUUAUUUUUGUAUCAUGUUCUAUGCAAAUUUAUAUGCAUUAGACAGCAGCGUGUGAGCAGGACUUUUAUUGUGGUGUGGUGAUGUGACGUCAUGAGGAUGCGCCGCGCUCCUGCAGCUGCUGUGAUUCAACUGAAGAAAGAACCGAGUGUCCAAGAAACUGCUGCUGAAGCGACUGAGAUCCACACACUAUUAUAAAGAUGGCGUUUGUUAAAGAGGAGAGUGAAGAUGUUAAAACUGAAGAAGCGUUCAGAAUCAAACAUGAAGAGACUGAAGAUCAAACAAAGCUGGCGUUUAUUAAAGAGGAGAGUGAGGACUUCAGGAUUGAAGAAGUGUUCAGUCUGAAAGAUGCUGAGGAACAAACAGACCUGGCAUUGAAAAAAGAGAAAGAAGUACUCAGUGACAUUGAAGAAAAGGAUCCAUACGAGAAUCUGCAUGAUUUCACAGCUGGAAAAAAACAUUUUAGGUGUUCACAGACUGAAAAGAUUUCCACACGAAAGAAAGCUCAAAAGGCUGUAACAAGGUUUGGAAAGAGUUUCACUCAUAAAGGAAGCCUUAAGAGGCACAUGAGAAUUCACACUGGAGAGAGUCCCUUCACUUGCCAACACUGUGGAAAAAGUUUCACUUUUAAAGGAAGCCUUAAGAGGCACAUGAGAAUUCACACUGGAGAAAAGCCUUACACCUGCCAGCAGUGUGGUGAGAGUUUUGCUCAACUUGUAAAUCUUAAAGGCCACAUGGGAAUACACACUGGAGAGAGUCCCUUCACUUGCCAACAGUGUGGAAAAAGUUUCAGUCAUCAAGGAAACCUUAGCCACCACAUGAGAAAUCACACUGGAGAGAAGCCUUACACCUGCCAACAGUGUGGAAAGAGUUUCACUCAUAAAGGAAGCUUUGACAGGCACAUAAGAAUUCACACCAGAGAAAAGCCUUACACCUGCCAACAGUGUGGAAAAAGUUUUUCUCAAAAUGGAAACCUUGAAGUCCACAUGAGAAUUCACACUGGAGAGAGUCCCUUCACCUGCGACAGGUGUGGAAAAACUUUCAGUCAACAAGGAAGCCUUAACACCCACAUGAGAAUUCACACUGGAGAGAAGCCUUACACCUGCAAACAGUGUGGACAAAGUUUCACUCAUAAAGGAAGCCUUAACUGGCACAUGACUGUUCACACUGGAGAGAAGCUUUACACAUGCCCUCAGUGUGGAAAGAGUUUCCAUCAGCAUGCAAUCCUUAACACCCACAUGAGAAUUCACACUGGAGAGAAGCCUUACACCUGCAAACAGUGUGGAAAAAGUUUUACUAAUAAAGGAAGCCUUAACUGGCACAUGAGAAUUCACACCAGAGAAAAGUCUUACACAUGACAACAAAGUGUAGAUGUAGUUUCACUCAAAAAGGAAACUUAAACAGGCACACAUGAAUUCACACAGAAUAGAAGCCUCACACCUGCCAACAGCAUUUAGAGAGUUUUAUUCAACAUGGAAACCUUAGAGUUCACAUGAGAAUUCACACUGCAAUAAAACCCUUACACCUGCCUCCUGCAAAGCGAGUAGAAUUGUCAAAGAUGGAUCAAUACCAACUGUUUGUCCAACUUUGUAUUCAGAACAUGUAAGUACAGCACGUUAUAUUUUGUGACUAUGCUUGUUAGCAAGCAUUAUGGUUAAUGUGGCUUAAGCUUCCACUGUCUCUGACUGUAUUCAUGAAAAUCAGAGCUAUGUCGUUAGUUAUAUUUUUAAGAAGUAAUAAAAUUGUGCUUCUGAAUUUUACAGGCAGUGAGCAUUUUGGGGUUAAAAAUCACAAGCUUUUGUCUCUGUGAAUACAGUAAGAGACAAUGGCAACUUUAGCCACAUAAGCAUAUUCAGAAAGGCUUGCAAACACACUUUAUAAAGUGCGAUACUUGUGUGCUGUGGAUAUGAAGUUGGACCAUGAAGAGUUGGUAUUGAUCCAUCUUUGAGAAGCAACUUUUCUGCAAAUCCUGGGUUGUACUUGUGGGGCAAGUGCAAUAUUGUUACACUAGUUUAUUGAAAUUAUUAUUAUUAACUAAUGGCACAAAUGCCAGAGGCUUUUGUUUUGAGAUUUGUGUAAGGAAAACCUGUGAUGAAUGGUCAUGUGAUCACAAGCACAUAUUUUUAUAUUUCUUUAUACAUUUAUAAUUUGUAUUUCUUUGUUAUUGGUUUUGCUUUUCCCUUUGUAUGGAAUUGUUACUCUAAAUAAAAUGUUCAGGAAACACUG